AAGGAGCAAAUCUAUAAAAAGCAGAGCAAAUUAUGUUGCUAUAAUCAGUUCGUUUUCGCUGCCCAUCACCGUUGCAAGUUCGGUUGCGCGCGGUCGUUUCGCAGUUUUUCCACCUCCGAUGCACGCCUGAGUUCUCUGCCGAACGCGACCCAGCAUGAUUCUACAGUUGCUGCUGCUGUACGUGUGCUUUAGGGCCAGCACGGCUGGAUACGUAUCCGUCCAGUUACCGUACGGCAAUCCAGCCGGUAUCAACUAUGUGAGCGGUCAGUCCCACUACCAGGCUGGUUUGCUGGCCGGCCCAACUCGGUACUCAGUUCCAGCAGCCGCGCACCAGUAUCCGGUUCAGAACGUCCAAGUGCUGGGAACUCCUUCAUAUUAUUCGUACAAUCUGCCUACUCCGGUGUCAGUUCCAACUAAUCCGUUCCAUGGGUACGGUUAUGGACAUGCGGCGUUUACUCCUGUUUCGUAUGGACCUUCAUACGCACGACCUUCCGUGGUUACAGUUGCCCAACAGCAGCCUGUGCAUCCGGUUGUUUCCUACGGAACAGUUGCUCGUCCUUCCGUCGUUGCAGUGGCCCAUCCUCAACCUGUUCAACCGGUGGUUACGCAAUAUCACGGGCACAGUGUUCCAACGGCAACCGUUGUGCCCGUCCAUGUUCCAGCGGUGACCGUAAGACCGGUAGCACCGAUUGCCCCUGUGGCACCAGUUCACACAACGACAAUAACGAAGACGGUUACGGAGGAAAACUCCGUAUAUGCUAGUACGGAGCAACCGCUUCCCGUGAUCAAGUCCCGCCGAUAUAAGGUCAGGAGACCAGCCAUUCAGAAUCAGUUCUACGAUAUUGAAGAACGCGUCAUUAUUCGGCCGGUUGGAAGUGCUUUGGUAGAGCUGGAACAACCCGUUUCGAAGACUGAAACAAGCGUCAGGACUCACACUGUUCAAACACAAUCAGAGGACGGUUUAAAUGAUUAUGGUCAAGGUCAAGGUCAUACCGUAACAACAGUGACCCAGAAACCACAGGUCAUUCAAACUCACACCGUUUACCAUCAAACGCCGGUGACACAGGUUCCUGUAAGUGCUUAUGAUCAAGGCCAAGGUCAUACUGUGACUACUGUUACUCAGAAACCGCAGGUCAUCCAGACCCACACCGUUUACCAUCAAACGCCGGUGGCGCAGGUUCCUGUAAUUGCUCAUGGUCAAGGUCAUACUGUAACUACUGUGACCCAGAAACCGGUUGUUCAAACUAAUACCGUUUACCAUCAAACACCAGUGGCGCAGGUUCCUGUAGGUGUUCAUGGACAAGGUCAAGGGCAUACUGUAACUACCGUGACCCAAAAACCGCAGGUCUAUCAGACCCACACUGUUUACCAUCAAACGCCGGUGGCUCAGGUUCCUGUAAGUGCUUAUGAUCAAGGCCAAGGUCAUACAAUAACAACAGUGACCCAGAAACCAGUUGUUCAAACUAAUACCGUAUACCAUCAAACACCAGUGGCGCGGGUUCCUGUUAGUGCUUAUGAUCAAGGCCAAGGUCAUACUGUAACCACCGUGACCCAGAAACCGCAGGUCUUCCAGACCCACAACGUUUACCAUCAAACGCCGGUGGCGCAGGUUCCUGUACAAGCUCCGAAACCUGUAAUUGUCCAUUCUAGCACUGCUGGUCAUGUCGUUCCGCAAGCUUUCGUACCUCAAUAUCAACCGGUAGUGCCUCAGUAUCAGCAACCGUUCUAUGUGAAUCAAUUUCAGCCGGUCUACUACCCAACGAGUACGUAUCCAGUGCCGGUGACCACAUUCAAACCAGCCGUUGUCACUACACCUGCCCCUACUACAGUUAUUCCCAGUACGACUGACUCUGGUAAUGUCUAUUACGACGACGACUCCGUAGUAAUUGAGGCCCGUAGUGGCGGCCGAACGAUACACGUGGAGACCUCUUCAGAAGCCCCGCUUGAGCACUCGACGGCACAAGGACCGCUCAAGUAUAGUAGGAAAUGCGACGACCAAACCGUUGACGACCCUCCAAAACGAGGAGAUAUUGCCAUUACUUAUGCAACCGAAGCCACCCACCAGAGCUUGUCCGACUACCAGGAGAACUCAACGGAACAACCGACCACGGAGCAACAAGCAGAAGCUACGACCACGACGGUAGCUCCGGUCAGAGGAAUUGAAAUCACUGCCCGUCUUGCCUUGGGAGGCGAAAAUCAGUCUCAGUCCAAUUCUCGAAGUGCCAACUUCAACGAGGUUAGCUCAUCCACCCCAAGUGUCAUCAUCACCAACAGGGGCUCCUCCGAGCAAGUCCGUACCAAUCAGGAGCAAUUCAUUAAGCUACUAUCUGAGAGAGAUUCCAUUGCGGAAGUAAGCUACGGACCCAACACGGAUUCGUCCAGCAGCCUCAUCAACACCUACGUCAGAAGUCGAGUUCUGUCCGCUACACCUGCACCACAUAAUGCAAAAGAAACCAGCAAAACCGUCAACAUCCGUCGAAUCAUAGUGUCCAGACCCAUCGAGACGGAACAAGAAGUUGAGGUUCGAGAGCAGUCGUACCCCUCGCAUGGUUACAAACGACAAACGACAUCCAGCUCAGAGCAAUUUCCCAUCUACACCACUGCCAAACCGCCAGCGUUUGCCGAUGACGACAACGUGAAAUAAAGUGUUGCAUUUAAACGAAAACGAGUCAAAUAAAGUUGUUACUAAAAG